UGCAAUCUUGAUAAAUUUCAUAUAUAUUACUAUAGAUAUUUCCAAUUACACAUAACAUUUUAAAUCAUAGAAUAUAUUAAAUUAUUAAGAUUUUAAAAUUGUUCAAUAAUGAUAAGUCAAGGAAGAAAAUAUAUUAUUUUGAAUCUAUUCGUCUAUUAUUUAUCAAUUUGUAUAACGAAUGUGACUAGCAAUAUAACCAGUGAUCACCCAGAUAUGCAAAUUUUAGCACGAACAAUUGAAAAGACAAACAAGAUGUUGGAAGCAAUUCCAUUAGAAGAUGGAUCUAAAAUAAUGGAAUUAAUUUUAAACUCCACAAAAAAAUAUAAGCAAUAUGUUUUGGAAUCACUUCUAUUCCCCAAGGAUUUGAUCGAGAUAAACGAUAAUGAAGCUCCAACGUAUCAAAACAUUAAUAAACUUAUAGAAGAAGUACAAAUUCAUACCAUUGGAUAUGAGGGUGCAUUGCAAGAAAUAUUAAAGAGUUAUUUCAUAAAUUUGAAUAACUGCAAUGCUGACAAUUUUCGGUAUGAUGUACAAGAAAAUGUUGUCUAUAGCCUUGCUGUCUCUAAACGUGUUGAUUUGGUGAAGGCGAUUGCUGUUCGGACGUUAUUACAUAAUAAUGAUGGCAAAACAAUGUGCAAGGACGAUAAUAAACAUAAAUGUAAAUUAGCUGCAUUAUUGCAUCAUGCUUCAAAUAGGGAUUUGAUCUUAAAACAUACAGGAGGUUGUGAUUUUUUGGGAAAUUGUACAUUCUUUUACAGGAGUUUAGUAGAAAAUAUAAGGGGAUUUGUGUCUUUCCGACAAAUAGUAGAGAAAAAUGGUGAAAGGAAUCACCAACCAAAAAUAGAAAUAUCGAAGGGUGCAGACAAAUUUCAAGAUUUCUUUGUUUCUCUUGAAUAACAAAUGUGUUUUACUUAUCAAUAUGUGAAAUAAACUUAUUAUUACCUUCUAAGUUAUUCAACUUAUAUAAUUUUAUAAUUAUUACCAUUAUUUGAUUAUUAUUAAGAACUACAGAAUUUAACAAAGAUAUCAAAGA